UCACGAGCGUGCAAAACAGGACUAAGGGAGCCCAGCCCAGUUUUGCACACUCGGGGAAACCAGUGGGCUUGAGUGCGAGCCCAGUGGCUCCAUGGUGGCAAGCCCCCCUAAACAGCCACCCUCUUAAAUGAGGUUAAGGGAGCAAGUGCUCCUUUACCCUUGUUUUUUUGAUCGUGUGUCAGCCACGGCUAGCACACUGGGGGUGGGGCUCCCAUGAUGCACCAUGCACUUGCACCAUGCAUUAUUUGGGCUUUGGGGGGCAGGGCACCUUGCAACGGUGCUUCCAUGAGCCCAACCCCCGGAGCCACCAAGCAAGGUGCGGGUGGCCCGCAGGAGAGCCGCUGCUCGUCUGAGCGGGUGAUCCGCCCACCCAGUGACGCCUCUGUGAUCGUCUGUGGGGAGGUUUCAGGCUUUCAGCGCUUUCAGGCUUCCUCCCCGCAAAAAGAGGGCAGCUCUUCUCACCAAUUGUGAAAAGGGCUUCAGUAAGCUAAUUCAUACAAUCAAAAACUGUCUUCUACACAGGUCUGGGAGCUGUGUGUGUUCCCAAUUUUUGGUUGUGUGGAAGCAAGGUAGGAGGAAUAUCUCCGUAGCUUUUCCUCCUACCUUGCUUCCACACAAUCACUUCUCCCCAGGUUUCAUUUUACCGUGCUUCCACACAACUGAAAAUUGGGAGCACACACCACUCCCAAACCUGGGUAGAACAUGGUAAGGCUAUUCACACACAUGUGCAAAACUCAGCUAAGGGAGCCAAGCCCGUUUUGCAUAUGCGUGUGAACCCCGGCAGCACCACAGUGGCAAACCCGCCUAUGGAGCCUCCCCUCAAAACAGGGUUAGGCGAGUGAGCGCUCUUUUAACUCCGUUUAUGUGAUCGUGUGUCAGCCACAGUUGGCAGACGAGGGGAGGGGGGUCCCCAUAAUGCAUUGUACAUUUGCGCAGUGCAUUAUUGGAGCUCCAGGGGGUCGGGGCAGUGUGUCCCGGCACCCUGGCCCUUGGAGCUGCCGGCAGGAGCCACUGCUCGUCUGGGCGGGAUAUCUGCCUGCCCAGGGAUGGCACAAGGAUAGUCUGGCCCAGUCCACUGGAAGCUUCAAGCCCCACUGCAAUAAAUGGGAGACAGGGAGGUGCUGUUGCAUGGGUCCCAGAGGGUUCCCCAGUUUCUAAAAAAACUGUUGGCUGUCUUGAACCUGAAUCAAACCCCUGAACACAAGAGAGGUACAAACAUAUGAUCAGCCAACAACUCUAACCUCGGGACAUAAUGCAAGGAAGAACAGACUGUACAUAAUUGUUUAUCAGGCAGGGGGCCUGGAGGUAUUUUUCCCAUGCAAGAAACCCCAACAUGGCAAGAGACCAAAGCACCAGUGCACAUGUCCAGGUUGGCAGCAAGAUAUGAGCAAGCUGAUUCAGCAUCAGUCACAGUGCAACCUGGCUCAUUCCCUGGGACUUGGCCAUCACUUGAGAGUCUUGAACUUUAUGAUUGGUACAUUUGACAAGCUGAAUCCCCUAUUCUCGGAGCAUGCGAAGAUAAUGGAUACUCUGUUCGAUGGAGUGGAGGUCAGAGUGUAUGAACCUCCUGCCAAGAAGGAGAAAAAGCUGAGGCGCAGUGUGGUUUACAUCCAUGGAGGAGGGUGGGCCUUGGCAAGUGCAAGAGGGAGCUUCUAUAACAAUCUCUGCUUGACUAUCGCCGAAUCUCUGGAUGCCAUCAUUGUCUCGAUUGAGUACAGACUGGUGCCAAACUUCCAUUUCCCUGUGCAGUUUGAGGAUGUUUUACGUGCCACGAAGCACUUCAUGCGUCCCGAAGUCCUAGCUCAGUAUUCUGUUGAUCCCAGCAGAGUUGCUAUUUCCGGUGACAGCGCAGGAGGCAACUUAGCUGCUGCUGUGUGCCAAGAGAUUAGUCAAGAGGAGAAUGUGACCACCAGGUUUAAACUGCAGGCUUUGAUUUACCCAGUUCUUCAGCCAUUUGAUUUUAAUACUCCCUCCUACCAGCAGAAUGAGGUCACGCCUGUCCUUCCACGCUUUGUCAUGGUGAAGUUCUGGAUAGACUAUUUCAAUGGAAACUAUGAUUUUGCCCAGUCCAUGGUGGUCAACAAUCAUACGUCUCUUGACGUAAGUCAGGCCAGUUCUUUCAGGGAGCUGGUGGACUGGACUUUCCUCCUGCCUUCGAGAUUCAGAAAGAGCUACAAGCCUGUCAUUCCCACACUGGGGAAGGCGGAAAUCGUCCAGGAGAUCCCUGCAUUACUAGAUGUCCGUGCAGCACCGUUGCUCGCCGAGAAAGGGGUUCUCCACCUACAGCCGAAGACUUACAUCCUGACGUGUGAGAUCGAUGUUCUGAGAGAUGAUGGGUUAAUGUAUGCCAAGCGGCUAGAGAAGGCAGGGGUGGAGGUGACUGUGGACCACUUUGAAGACUGUUUUCAUGGCUGCAUGAUCUUUACCAUUUGGCCCACCAGUUUCUCCGCAGGACUUCGCACUAGAGACAGCUAUAUCAAAUGGCUCGAUGAAAAUCUGUGAAGAGAGAGCCCUUUUUGCAAAAUCAAAAACUGCAGUUGGUUUAAAAUCAUGUGUACUCCUUAUGCAAUCUUGUGCCAUUUGUUUAAGAUGCCAUCGGAGAGCUUCUGUUACAGCAUAGCGUGUACCAUUCCUGUCUCCUUUUGGUUUGCUCAGGUUGUCCGUUGCUAUAUCGUGGGGGAAACUCAGCACAGUCUUGAACCCUGGUCCUAAAUGCAGUACAAGGAAGUAAGGCAGGGAUGCACAACUCCAUCUGUUGCUGGACUACUACAACUCCCAUCAUUCACAGCCACAGGGGCUGAUAAUCAGGGAUGAUGGGAGUUGUAGUCCAACAACAGCUGGAGAGCUGAGGUUGUGCAGCCCUGAAGGAAGGCCUUGUCUGCUAUGCAGCAGAGGUGUUAGAAUGCUGCCACAGAUUGUGCCACUUGAGAAUGCAGGGGGAGAGUGCCAUUUCUCACACUCUCUUUUAAAAUCCCUGCAAGUAGAACAUUGAGACAUUGGUCAGAAAAAAAACAUUCCCUGUCUUCUCCCUACAAGCAGAAAACUAGCACAACAUGAGGUUUCCUUUAUACAAGAUAACAUUCAAAAAUGAAAUUUCCCCCCCUCCACAAUCUAAAGUGGUCCAGUCUAUUCUGCUACUUAAUUCUGCUGCAUAUGUAGACCUGUCCUUCGUUCCAUUCAAAUCCAUGGGACAUGCAGCCCAAGUAAGUGUGUGUGUGUGUGUGUGAGAGAGAGAGAGAGAGAGAGAGAGCGCUUGGACGUAAGUCCCACUGUGACCAAUGGAAUUUAUUUCUGCAGUCUUUAACCACACUAAUUAGAGCAGGGGUUCUCAGACUUGGGUCCCUAGAAGUUGUUGGACUGCAACUGGCCAAGGCCAUUGUGGCUGGGGAUGAUGGCAGUUGCAGUGCUACCAUCAUUUGGGGACCCAGGUCUGAGAACCCGUGUACUAGAGAGUCAGCCCUGUUAAACACAGUGGCCAAGAUGACAUGGGGCUGCUGUGGAUUCAUAAGACCUCCUUGAUGCUGUUCAGGAUGAGCAGUUGCACAAGCAGCACUGCCACAGUUAUUGCUGUUGCGGCAAGUGGGAAUAGCUGCAGUAGCACUGCUUGCACAUCCGCUCAUGCUGAACAACACUGAGGCUGCCUUAUGAGUCUACAGCAGCCCCAGUGCGGUGGACAUCAUCACCGACAUGCUGCACAUCAUGUUGACCACCAAGACUUAUUACCAAGUACAGCUGCAUGCGACUGCACGGUGCAUUUAGGACUAGGGUAUCCUGACAACUAAUCUUUGACAUCAACCAAUGUACUAACUGUUGCCAUUCCAAACUUGUCAUCAUUUGUUCUGAAUGUCUAAUGUCGACUAAAAUCUCAGCCUACCUUUUUUGCACAAUGGCUAACCCAUGGCUCUGGGAAGCCCACCAAUAGGAUAUGAGGGCCACAGCUCUCUCUCCCUGCUGCUUAGCAAUGAUUACUCAGAUGCAUUCUUCCUCUGAACCUGAGCAGUAGCAUGUAACCCUCAUGACUAGUAGCCACUAGUACGGCUGUCCUCUGUAAUUGUAUCCAAUUCCCUUCUGAAGCCAUGUAAGCUAGUGACUACUACCAUAGCUCGUGGCUGUGAGGCCAUACAUUCAUUAUGUGCUUUACGAAGAAGCACUUCCUUUUAUCUGUCCUGAGUUCAUAGACAGACAGGACGAGAUUCAGCCAGCCGCUGAGUGCCUGUGUUGGGCUCAGGGGAACAAAAGUUAUGUAGGCCUGAUAUCAAUGGAGAACUGAUAUCAAUGGAGAACCCAUACAGAAUGUAAACAGUUUCAGUCUCUGCUUCUGAACUAGCUGGCAUUGCACAAUCUCUUUCUUGCCUUUCAAACAAACGGUUGCUGUAGAGUUGGUGGUCGUAAGCCAUUUCUUCUCCCAAGAUCAACACAAGAGGUUUCAUGGUAGGAGACAGGAGCCUCUCCUAGUAAACGGCCAGAUGAUGUAUAAAGGGCCUUCUUUCUCAUGCAAGAAUCAUGGGGUGAGACUCGAGGGAUGUAUCUAGCUCUUCACCUGUACCUUGUCCUUCAUUCUUUGUAUUGGUGUUUAAAACUUGAUACUAGUGGAAAAGGUUGAGCUCUUCAUUCACACAACAAAUGGCUGCAACUCUUGGGCUCUUACCCUACAAGAGAGGCUCCUUGCAAACACACAAGGAUCAGGACACAUUAGAAGCCCACCUAUACUUUGUUAAAUUCACUAGGAUUGCAAUCUUAGGUCCACUUAUGAGAAUAAGUCCCACUGAAAUCUGGAUCAUCUGAGUAUAAGAUGAGAUUGCUGCUUAAUAAUUUAAUUUAAUUAAUUCAAUUUAAUUGUUAAUCUUACAUGAUUGCUACUUUAUUCUUGCAUCUGAAAAUAUUUACUUUGUAAGAAUAUAAGUGUGACUACUAGCAUCAUCCAGGAAAGAUUGUGCCCCAAGUACCUGGCAUUGAGGAAAUGCUGUCUUUAUGUAGUGCAUCUGGAUUUCCUUUUUGCAUCCCCCCCCCACAAUUCGUCAAGAACAUAAAACGCACAGUAUAAGUGGACUUCCACUUGGCCAUGUCUGCUCAAUGUUGCCUUCCUCUGGCAAGGGAAGAGGUCUUCCAGUGUUUAGUUAACAGGUGUGAAACAAGUGUGUUGUGAAGCAAAGACUCAGUAAACUUAUCAAAUAAGUUAGUUUCUGACUGGUCUCACUUUGUAACUAAUCUUUUAUUUUAAAGACACAACACUGAUUUUCCUUUGGACCUUGACUCCAUUUCAUGACUAUAUUUGGAUUAUCAAGUUCAGUAUCCCACCUUUGUGUGGGAAUAUAUGGCAAAAACUGUCACCUUUCGGAUGUUUGCCUUGCAAUAAGUUAAGAUUACACUAUGCUUUGCAAUAGUUGUGUAAAAACAUUCAGGCGCCCUCAUUAUUGCCUGGCCAAUUAGGCAAAAAAUAAAAAUCUGCCCACUAUUCUCA